AUGGCCCCAGAGAGGAGGAGAAUAUACUUCAUUCAAUCGAUCCGAAAGAGAAAGAGGUGGUCGGGGGUUCGAUCCCUGGCGCGCGCGUGUUUGUUGCCCGGCCGGGGCUUUUAUGGUGGGAGGAAAGCUUUGUAUUCAAGCGUGGGCGUUUUGCUAGCAAACGAUAGGAACUCCACCAUCGCUUGUUCUUCACAAGAAAUGCUAUCGAUCGGAGCGGCAUUGGCGAAGAUUUGGCUGGUAAUCGCGCUGGGAGCGUCGAUCUGGCCAGUGUCCCGGCAGCAGCAGCUGGAUUCCAAUUUAUAUCGCUCGCGAUGCCCCGCGCUGGAGCCGAUCUCCGCCACGGCCGUGGCGCGGCAGAUUAGGAAGGAUCCGACCUCCGCCGCGCCGCUCGUCCGGAUGUUCUUCCACGAUUGCUUCGUCCAGGGUUGCGAUGCGUCAGUGCUACUAGAUUCGACCAAGAACAGCACGGCCGAGAAGGAGGCAACGCCAAACGUAUCGCUGCGCCAAUUCGAUGUCCUGGAGGAGAUCAAGACGCAGGUGGAGGCCAAAUGUCCGGGAGUGGUUUCUUGCGCCGACAUUGUGGCGCUGGCCGCUAGAGAUGCCACAGUCCAGACUGGAGGACCGAGCUGGAACGUGGAAUUCGGGCGGAGGGAUGGGCGGAGCUCGUCCGAUGCGAUGGCUGCCGCGCAUUUGCCGUCGUCGCGAUCCAGCGCUCAGCCUCUCAUCGACAGCUUCGCGGCGGUGGGGCUGUCAAUCCGGGAUCUGGUGACUCUAUCAGGAGCUCAUACUUUUGGACGAGCGCACUGCACCCAAGUGGCGCGUCGCUUCUAUGCUUUCAACAACGCCAGCGGCAUCGAUCCCACGCUCGAUUCCAGCUACGCGCAGCGGCUCCGGCGGCUGUGCCCGCAGCCGUUGGAUGCCCACGGAAUGGUCGACCUGGAUCCAAUCACGCCCAACGUCUUCGACACGCUCUACUACCAGGGACUGCUCAUGAACCUGGGGAUAUUCUCCUCCGAUUCCGCGCUCGUUCUGGACAACCGGACGAAGGUGUUCGUGCAGGAAUAUGCGGUCAACCCAGUCUCGUUCGUUCAACAGUUUCCGGGCGCCAUGGUCAGACUUGGUCGCAUUGGUGUGUUGACCGGCAGUCAAGGGUAUUAGACAUCGAUUUUCUGCUAGUGACAUGGUCAACGGUUUAGUCAGCUUUACAAACAACAUAAUUUUCUUACAGCUUCAGAGAAUAAAAAAUAGGAAAUAGAAAAUCGUGGAGAUCUAA